UCUUGAAGCCGAGCGCAGCCGAGCGCAGCCGAACGCUGGCCGAACUCUGGCGAAGGUGGCGUCAUAUGUUUCUCUCGCUCGCUCGUCUCGUCUCGCUGUCUGUGAAGGAAGAAGGAAGAAGGAAGAGCAAUGGCGACGCUGUACCGCCGCGCGCACAAACUGCACACAGGAGCCACAGCACACACUAUCUUUACUCUGAUACUGCUGGGAAGAAGCUCUUGAAGGGUUCAGAGGUGAUCAAACUCAGUAAAGCAGAUAUGCUUUUGUAUGGUCCCGUCCCAACCCAUGAGGAUUUCAAACCUGUCGUUUGCAAUGCCUGCAACAAAGUCGUUGAGCCUCAGGACGUCCUGACUCAUUACGGUAGUUGGGGAAUAGUUGAACACUGAGUAGAGAGGACCGCGUCCACCUCGAGCUCUCCAGAGCCAUGCAUAGCAAGAACCAGAGGAGACACUGCUCACCCAGCAGCUCCAGGACCCCUCUAGUUCCUGUCAAGGCCAAGAUGUCGGUGGGCCAGAGCGAGGUGGAGCCCCUUCCCUUCCGGGUUCCUUGCGAUUACCCACACUCACGCUUCAGCAAGGCGCCGCUGGCCGUCUAUCCACCCAAAGGAGCCCGAGCCAAGGCCUGCGUGUCUUUACCUGUGGUGAGUCUGGAGAAGAUGCCGUGUUUCAGCCGAACAGAGGGAGCGCACAUCAAAGUCACCUCCACGUCUCCCACGGCGGGUUCUUCUCUUUCUUUCUCUUCCACGUCUUCCUCUCCAUCUUCCGCUCCUCUCAAGUCCUCCUUGACGUCACCAGCAUCUCACAAGAACCAGGAGAAGUUCCUGAACGGUCGCGGUCCUGUGACGCCUCGCUCCACCACGCCCCCCUCGCUGAUUGACAGGCGGCCCAGCCCGUCACGGUCGCCCUUGGAGAAACGGCCCGCCCCCUCGCCCUCCCCACAGGACAGGAGACCCGCGGCCUCCACGUCUCCAUCUCCAUCCCCGUCGGACCGGAGACCGAUAGUCCCUCCUUCUCCCCCAGACAAGAAGCAUCAGAACGGAGCCAAAGGCGGGCGGCACCGGAGAGUGUCGGCGUCUGGUGCAGUCGUGUUCAGCUCUGCGCCCGUUCCUCCUCCUGAACCUGUGCCCGGCUGGCAGCGUCUGUCCAGCGAUGAAGGAGAAACUGACCUCCCUGAGGAGUCCGAGAGGCUGCUGUGCCACUAUUCUCCACAGCACCCGCGACCCCUGAGCUGCUGUGCAUUCAGCAGUCGGUUGAUGGGACAGGGUCACUACGUGUUCGACAGGCGGUGGGACCGGGUGCGGCUGGCACUCCACUGCAUGGUGGAAAAACACGUCAACUCUCUCAUGUGGAGGAAAGUCCCCCAAGCGGUGGAGAGCGUGACAAGCCCGACUGAAGUUUCUCCCCUCGGCUCUCCGUUCGUCUCCAACCACGCGCUCACGGCUCCUCUGGACGGCGUCUCCAUGGUCUCAUACUCCACCUCUUUCUCUCAUAACGGAGGUGGGGUUUUCUGCAUCCGGGACCCCGAACCCAGACCCAGACCACAGCGGAAUAAACCGGCCAAGCCGCCCAAAGCCUCAGGGGACAGAACAGGAUCUAAAAAGCGGAAAGCACCUCCCGCCUCUGAGUCACGAAAGAGUGGGACCAGCGGGAACAGCUACCAUCUGCCACUGGGCGUGGCGCACAUCAGUAACGGGACGGCGGCCCUUAGCGUGCGGGCCAAGCAACGGCCGGGGGGCCAGGGGCCGAGGGACCAAGACAAGGACGGGAGCGUGGAGCUGUCCCUCCCGCAGGCGCUCACCGGGGAUCACGGGGGCAUCUCGUCCCACAGCCCGCUGCCCUACGGAUCCUCUGAUGGGAGGAAGAGGAAGAGCUCUGGAUCGAGCGCCGGCAGCGACAAACCCAGCAAAAGCACCAAAUCCACAGCACUGGAUGGGAUAUUCAGGAAGAGCAGCAGCGGUUUGCUGCCGUCAGUCGCCGAAUCGCCCCACCGCGCCCUCCCCAGACAGCCCAAGGUCCCUCACUGAUGCAGUGUGAGUUUGAGAAGAGCUUCGGACGUCCUGAGAGACACUGUGUCUGUCCUGCCUUGAUCCCACCGCUGCCUCUUAUCACUCUACGGUUGAGUCACGUCCUUUGUGUCCUCCUUUCCAACAGAGCUUCUUCCGUUCCGUUCCCGUUAGGAAUAAACUCUACAUCUGCCAGCUUAUCCAAGAAUGAUUUCUCACGUUUCCUUUGAAAUGACACAAACUUCAGUUUCAUGCAGAUUCAGAUUUUGAUUUAACCAGUACACAACCCGUUUCAGACAUUGCGCGAUAUGGAGUUUUAUUUUUUAUUUUCACUUAGAUGGGGACAACAUGAAGGGGAAGCCCUUCAGACUCAACCGUGUCGAUCGAUUAAGUGCACUUAAUUUCAAAUCUGAACUACGUACAAAGGAGGGGAAAAAACGUUUCAAACAAGGGAAUAUUUUACAGACGCUUUUUCGGCAAGUUGUAUUUUUCUAAACGGAAUGAAUUCAGGUUUUUGAGUAUUUGUUUUUGACACACAAGUGUUCGUGGAUUUAACAAAAAAGAAAAAGAAAAAAAAGACAGAACUCGCACCCCUGUUGUAAAGCAACUUUAACCGGUCAUGAAUUUUGUAUAAUAAUUUAUCCUUUAUUAAUUUUCUAACUGACCCGGUUAGUGCUUCACACGUUGAGCAGAAGUAUAUUUGUAUGCCUUUUUAAUAGUUUAAAGUAUUAUAGAGACCCUAUUGUUGGAAAUGUGUGUACAUAUCUUUUAUUAUAAUUGUUUUGUUUUGUAUUUAUUGUUCGUAUCUCUCAGAGGUUCAAGGAUUUAGUGGUUUCUAUCUUCCUCAGUCGUAUGUAUCUUCUAAAGAUGGUUGGUUAUGAAAGGACCUUGCAUCCUUCGCUUGUUCCAUUUAUACUCUCUGAUUAUGUUUUUAAGGAAUACUAACUGAAAUGAUGAUGUACCCACAGGAUCCCAGUCUUUUCUAGAGGAAAGGUACAUUGCUGUGAGCCAGUAUUGGCAGUCGGCCGAGGUCUGUUGCCAAUUUAGUUUUUUCAAGAUGUUGUUCGGUCAUAUGUGCACAUUUUAGUGUCUAACCAUCAGGAAUGAAGACCUUCUCAAAGAGUUAACGGAGAAAUGUUUGCUGUUUACUUUCUGUUUACACUGUCGUUUUAUUUAUUUUUAA